UUACCAAGAAUUUACAUCAGUUACUUCAUGUAAUUCUCUAUUUCUCUUUUCUUUGCUAAAGCAUUUAAAACCUUUAAAAUAGCUUUAAAACUUCAAGUCUCAGAGAGCAUGUCAUUUUACCCUUACAUCCUUCAGUAAAUAUCUCUAGAAAAUAUGUUCAUUUUCUUGUAUAAACCAUAAUGCCACUAUUAUACCUAACAAAAUAACCCACGAUUCCUUGAUAUCACCCCAUACCCAGGCAAAAUCAAAUUUCCCAGAAGGUCAAGAAUGCCUUUGGAAAGUAAUUUUCUUCUCAUUAGGAUCCAUGUGAAAUCCACCCAUCACAUCUGCUCUCCUUACUCUUUCAGUCUAGAGGGAGCAAGCUCCCUCCUUUCCCUGUUUGCCCCACGUCAUUGACUUGUGUAAAUGGGGUCAGGUGUCCUGUAGAGUAUGCCACCUUCUGAAUUUGUUUGCUCCCUUUGGUGUCAUUUACCUUGUUUCACUCUACCCUGGAUGGAAACCUUUCCCCUUAUUUUGAAUGUAAGCCUGAGGGGCUCAACUUGUUGGCUGUUAACAUACACUGCAUAUUAGCACAGUGGAGAGAGCAGGAUAUGGCUUGUAAUUGCAGUGGUGAAGACCCGGGAAUGUAUCUACUAAUUAGCAGCUACAUGAGGGUUUGACAUAAGGUCCUUGUUAAGGGUUGUUGCUUCUGCUGGAACUCCCAAACUUCAGAGAAUCAGAGAUCCCAUAUGAGAAGGCUGUAGAAAUACUCAUUGUGGUAAAUUCCAACAGAAGGAAUCUCCAGACAUUCUUCAAGGAACUGACAUUUCAGCCUAAAAAGUGACUGUCCAAAGUUGGAGGCCCCAAAUUCCCUUCUGUUCCAAACGUUUGUGUGAUGGCAGCGGUUUCUAUGAUGGAGUCAACUUCGGUUUCCCUCCAUUUUCUUUCCAAAUGGUCUCUGGAGCAGAGAGGAGUUAAAUAGACAUGAGCUAUGACCCCUUGUAUGACCUCCAUAGGUGACAAACCAAGUGCCAGCAUCUUUUGACAGUUCCUUUUCUAAACUGAAGUUAAUGAAAGUUGUGAAAAUAAUGGUAACCUCUGGUGCUGGUAGAAGUUAGGAAAUCUUUGGAUCAUCAGAACAAGCAUGGUUCUUCAUGUUUUUGCUCUAGACGGAAAGCAGCAGCAGGUACAUUGUAUUUGGACAUAAACUUGAUUCCUGUUAGAGUGCUGAAGGAUUGCAGGACUCGUAGAGGUACGGGGCACGUCUAUAUGCUUUCUCAUCCAGUGUUCAAAAAUAAGCUGGUCGAACUCUAACUUUCGAUUUCAUGAAAUUUCCUACAAAACAGCAAGAGCUGUAAAAAGGUUUGGCUAGAACAUGUGAACUUUUUGUUUCAGUGCCAGUUACGUGGGAGAAGUAAAGGAAUGACUCGUGGCCAGAAGACGUGAGUCCCCAAGCCGCCAUGCUCUGCUGUGUGUGUGCCCAAGUGGCGCCGAGUGUGGGUUGCUGCCACAAGGGCAGAAGAGGUAGCCCUUUGGCUUUUCAUCCUAGGCUGCCUGUUCUGCCCACCUGUCCAUGAGGAAAUAUGGAUGAUUUCAGUGGACCCUGGAGAGGCUUGUCCCCUCUGAUUCUACUCACCAGCUGGAGUUCCAUUCCCAGGCUAGAUGUCUUCAUCGGUGACUUGAGGAACCACAUUCAGCUGUGCUUAGCUGUGCUGAUAUGGUAUCCUAAGAACAAAUGAAGUUUUCUCUGCUGCUUCCAGCUCAGCGUCUUUCUUUACCCCUGCAAGCAUUGUGAAGAAUUUCUUUACGUUCUUAAUCUUUCUGUUUCUUCCCUAAAGUGUGCGUUGAUGCUUCAAGAGGGAAGGCACGGAGGUAUACCAUUGGGGUUCCCAGGGAUGGAACUGCACCAUGCUCAGCUACUUGAGUGGGCAUGGGGAUCACUGAUGCCAUUUGUUUGUGGACUCCUACAGCACAGGCCUGCAAAGGGCCUUCUGUGUGCCCCAGCAGGAGCGGGCGCAUUGAUGUAUUGGGGCAGGUGGAAACAGAUUCAGGUGGAGAACUGACUCAGGGUGUCUCCCAGCAGCUGCUCCAGGAGACCACUGUGGGGAUGUCGGAUAGAAGCCCAGAAGAAUUUAGAGGGCAUACACCCAGAGAAGGCAAUGGGAGGCAUAGCAGGAGCUGAGCCCUGAGGGAGAGAAUGUAGAGGAAGAAGCUGAAGCUGAAGUAUGAAUCUUGGGGGCGGUUAAUCAGAGUGUUUCUUCACAUUUCACGGUUGAUGAUUUUAAAUGGAGAAACUGAAUAAAUCAGGUGUUAUUUCCCAGUUCAGUGUAUUGGUUGCCUAUAAGAGUAUUUUCCUACCAGGACCAGUCAUAUAUACUUGUUUUAGAAUGCCUGUUACAACAGAGGCUUUGCAGUGGUUACCUGCUUUUCUUAGGGAAUCAAACACUUAGAUUUCCACGAAUUUGACCAAUUUAGCUGCUAAAGAUUUAGUGCAACACAGGGCUACUCAGAUCGCUCUGUCUAGAUUUGCCCUGGAAACCAAAGGGGUUAGGAGAAGGAAAGCAUGGUGAAUAUAUUAAUCCCAAGAAUUGAUCAGAGCAAAAACCCUAUUGCUCUUGCACAUAAAGCAUCUCUACCUCACAGACUCAUCCCCUCAACUUUCUUUAGGAGGAGCAUAUGCACACAUUACAUCCCUCAAUUAGCUAGUGCUGGGCAUGGGUAACCUUCUCUGUUUCUCCAUUUUCUUGUGGAGAAACCAGUCAAAACCUUUUCUGUCGUUCCUAGUGUUUCCAGUCCAGCCUUGUGCCCUGGAUUUACGCUCUUGGCUCCUAGAACCCAGAGAACUUUGUGUUUCCCUCCUACAUAACCCUUAACUCAACAUUAAGGGACUUUGUCUGUCAGAUGGGGAUGCUUCUGAAGAAGGAAGGCCUUUGGUCUGCUUUAGCCUGGAGCUUCAUAGUUCCUGUGUACUCAUAGCCCUUUGGCUGAACUGAAGUGCUUAGUGUCCCCGGGGAAGACAGGCUCUCCGCAUAGAUCAGUUAGGGAGGAUUUUACUCCAGAGAACUGCAGACUAGCCAUAUAUUGGAAUGCCCAACAGUGACCUCAUAAAGCAAGGGUUCCUUUUGUGGGCCCUGCCCUGUGGCCUUGCUGGAUCUAGAUGUGAAGGAAAUCUCUAAGCAGAGAUUUUCUGUUGAACGAUUAAAGCGAAGAAUAAAAAUUGAAAUUUUGGGGGGUGGGGACAAUGUCUCAACGGUUUCAUUACCGGAGGGAUACAAGAUUCGGUUCGAGCUCGCUGGUGGAUACUGUCUCAUUGCAGUUGUAUUCGUUAUUCGGGAGCUUUCACCGGAAAGAUUCUCAAUGUCAGGAAUUUGUGAAGAGAAUCAUAACGAGUCAUCUCUUUAAGAUAAUUAUGAUUAGCAUCGUCUCCCUGAAUGCCUUUUUACUGGUCUUGUGGACUGAUUAUAAUACAAAAUACAACUUAUUCGCCCUUUUUGAGGUCUCGGAGCUCCUCUUUGUGUCCAUCUAUAGCUCUGAGUUCUGCAUGAAGGUCUAUGUGGACCCCAUCAACUACUGGAAGGAUGGCUACAACCUGCUGGACUUAAUCAUUAUUGUCAUCAUCUUCAUCCCCUACGAUCUUCACAGAUCCAAGGUCAAGCACUACUCCUACCUCCACAUUGCUGAUGGCAUCCAGUCCCUGCGCGUUCUCAAGCUUAUCACCUAUAGCCGUGGCAUCCGGACACUCAUCACCGCCAUGGGGCAGACAGCCUACACCGUGGCUUCCGUGAUCAUCCUGCUCUUCGUCCUCAUGUUCAUCUUCGCCAUCUUGGGCUUCUGCCUGUUUGGAGCCCCAGACAGAGGUGACCCGAAUAACUGGGGGACCCUGGCUCUGGCCUUCUUUACCCUCUUCAGCUUGGCCACGGUUGAUGGCUGGACAGACCUACAGGAGCAGUUGGAUAAUCAGAACUUGGCCCUCAGCCGGGCAUUCACCAUCGUCUUCAUCUUGCUUGCCUCCUUCAUCUUCCUCAGCAUGUUCGUGGGUGUGAUGAUCUUCUACACUGAGGAAUCCAUUAAAAAGUUUGAGCAGGAGCUGUUGGAGGAGAGGCACACGAUGCUUUUGGAGGAGAAGCAGGUGAUUAUGAAGCGGCAGCAGGAGGAGGUCAACAGGCUGAUGGAGACACAGGAAAAAGGCUACCACGGCAAUUUCAGUGAGCUGGUAGAGAACUUCAAGAAGACCCUGCAGCACACUGACCCCAUGUUCUUGGAUGAUUUCAGCACUAGCCUGUCCUUCAUUAAUGUCUACUUUUCCACCCUGGACAACCAGGACACUACAAUCUGCAGGCUUCAGGAGCUGUACUACGAAAUCGCACACGUGUUGAGCCUGAUGCUUGAAGAAUUGUCGCAAAAGAAACAGUCCCAGUCCUCCAAAAAGGCCAAUGAGGUGUAGGGGGAGGGGUGUGGGCACCCAGGCACCAGAGUGCCCUGCAGGGUGUGACAGGGCCUCCAUAAAACACAGGCUUUCUGAAUUGA